CUCCAUAAAAGAUACCCAAAAAAAAAAGAAAAAAAAAAGAAAAGAAAAAGAAAAAAAAAAAAGGAAUGAAUGGGGACAACAACAAGACACGCACAAGAGUUGAAGUGAAGGUAAAGUUGCCUUGACAUUGGGUUGCCACACUCACACUCUUCCUUCUCCCUCUGUUCCUCAGAACAAAACCAACCCAGAGAAGAAAACACACACAGACACCAACCAAAAUCCAAAACUCUUUAAGACAUAGAAACUCCCACACACACACUCUUUCUGUGUGUGUAUAUAUAUACUAUAUAUCUAUAUAUAAUUAUAUAUAUAGAGAGAAAACCAGCCACGUCACUCCUUCUCUAAAUCUUAAAUCCCAAACCAACUUUCAACACCACCACUCUCACUCUCACUCUCUCUCUCUCCUUUCCAAUCCAUUCCGUGUCUUUUUGAAUUUGUUUAACGACUAUGUUGACCCAGUGAUUCUCUCUCCUGCUGUACGUGUAUAUAAUGUUAAUCCGCAUAUAAAUUUAGAGAGAGAAAGAGAAAUGGGGAAUUCUUUCGGGUGCUCGGCGUCCGGGGAGAGGCUGGUGUCUGCCGCCAGAGACGGCGAUCUUGUGGAAGCGAAGAUGUUGCUUGACUGCAACCCUUGCCUUGCCAAGUACUCCACAUUCGGUGGCCUCAACUCUCCUCUACACUUCGCCGCCGCUAAAGGCCACAUCGAGAUUGUUGCAUUGUUGCUUGACAAUGGAGCUGAUGUGAAUUCCAGGAAUUACUGUGGCCAGACGGCGCUGAUGCAAGCAUGUAGAUAUGGGCACUGGGAAGUUGUACAGACUCUUCUGCUCUUCAGAUGUAAUGUCACAAGAGCAGACUAUCUUAGUGGGAGGACGGCUCUCCAUUUUGCAGCAGUGAAUGGCCAUGGUAGAUGUAUAAGGCUUGUGGUGGCUGAUUUUGUUCCAAGUGUUCCUUUUGGAUCGAUAAAUGCUCAAACAGAUGGUGAUAGAGGUGAUGGUUCCAAUAUGAGAAACAAAUAUGACCACAGUGCACUAUCUAAGUUUGUAAAUAAAGCAGCUGAUGGUGGUAUCACUGCUCUCCAUAUGGCUGCAUUGAAUGGGUAUUUUGAUUGUGUACAGCUCUUACUUGAUCUUCAUGCAAAUGUGUCAGCUGUGACAUUUCAUUAUGGAACUUCAAUGGAUUUGAUAGGUGCUGGAAGCACUCCUUUACACUAUGCUGCUUGUGGAGGAAAUUUGAAAUGCUGUCAGAUCCUCCUUGCAAGAGGUGCCAGUCGACUGGCCUUAAACUGCAAUGGGUGGUUACCUCUUGAUGUCGCCAGAAUGUGGGGGCGUCAUUGGCUCGAGCCACUGCUGGCACCUAAUUCUAACUCGACAAUUCCAGUGUUUCCGGCUUCUAAUUUUAUAUCCCUGCCUCUUAUGAGUGUACUUAACAUAGCAAGAGAGUGUGGAUUGCAGUCCUCAACUAUCUGUUGUGAUGACAUUGAAAUUUGUGCUGUAUGCCUGGAGAGAACAUGUACUGUAGCUGCUGAAGGUUGCGGGCAUGAGCUUUGUGUAAGAUGCGCGCUCUAUCUAUGCUCAACAAGCAACAUCCCUUCUGAAUUACGGGGUCCUCCUGGGUCCAUCCCAUGUCCUCUUUGCCGACAUGGCAUUACAUCUUUUCUCAAAUUACCUGGUUCUCCUCCAGCAAAAGAAACCAAAUUAGAUCUGUCCCUUAGCCUGUGUACCCCGUGCAUUCUUCACCCUCGCGAAGCAGAUCGUUCAACACCAGCUUGUACACUGGACAUUCGGAAGAAUAGUGUAGCCUCCGUUUCUUCGGAUCUUUUUUGCCCAGUUACUUGCAGCCCAUUUCCUUCUGUUGCCAUCCCUUUGUGCACAUGCAGUGAUGGACCAUGCCCAUCUUUCGAGCCCAGUGGGUUUGAAACACAAGAUGAAUCUCCUUGUCAUUCACAGUCCCCCUGCCAGAACAAAGCCAGAGUGAGGCUGGAGAAAACUAGUUGUUCGGGGAUGUUCUGGAGCAGAAGAAGCUGCAGCAGGGAGCAUCAGUGCAACUCGGAAAUAAAUGCUUGAUCUGGUUUGGUGGAAUGUCCCAUUCUUGUAUCCAAGUGUGUGGAAGUCUUAUACAAGCACAAAGUUACAUUGUUAUGAUGUUUGUUUUCAACCCUCUCAAACGCUGAAAUUUUCCAAAGUGGUGUUUGCUUCUGUAUUCGGCUGGCUGCAUGGCGAUUGAUCACGGCAUUUUGGAUUCUCGAGAUAUUUGAAGAAAUGGUAGUGUGAUUUUUGUAUAUUGGGAAUAUAUAUUGGUUGUAACACAAUGUUAUCACUUAUCAAUGGACAGACAAUGUUUUUCAAUCAUGUUGAACUUUCAUACUAUAGGGGCAUGGCCUAAGUGGAACCUUUAAUAAGAUGCAGCAUGGCUACAGUUCU